GAACUAUUUAACUAAAUUCAGCACCUUAGUUGGUGCAGUAAGAAGUCCCACUGUUUUGACAACAAAUUUUUGUAAAACAUGCCUCCCAGCAAACUUGACAGUCUCUAUCGACGAAUGCUUAUUACAAGAUUUUUUGAGAAGGGAUGGGGAAAGCCUGAAAACUUACAUAGAGUAUUUCAGUUUCGAAAAAUAAUUUCAAGUAGGGAAACAUGCUUUAAGCUUGUGCCACGCGACUAUCCAGUGGAGAUUACAAAAAAAAAAAAAUAUUCUGAUUCGACUUUGAUAGAAGGCAAUUUUACGACUCCCCUUGAGCUGCACAUGCCUGGAGUCGUUCCUGAUGCAGCCCAGCAGGCAUAUUUUCAAUUAUUAUUGCCCAAUAAAUGGAAUAACGAAGAGCAUAAGCCAAUUUGCAUCCAUUUAGCAGGAACUGGAGACCAUUUUUUUUGGCGCCGAAGAAAUUUUAUUGCUAAGCCAUUACUGAAAGAUGCAAAUAUUGGAUCUAUUAUAUUGGAAAAUCCAUUUUAUGGAUUGCGGAAACCAGAUGAUCAAAUACGAUCGAAUUUGCAUAACGUGUCAGAUAUAUUUGUUAUGGGUGGAUGUCUUAUACUUGAAUGUCUUGUUCUUUUGCACUGGUGCGAAAGAAACGGCUUCGGUCCCCUUGGCAUCACCGGAUUAUCGAUGGGAGGUCAUAUGGCAUCGCUAGCAGCCACGAACUGGCCAAAACCCUUAGUUCUAGUCCCGUGUUUAUCUUGGUCUACUGCAUCGGCUGUUUUCACCACUGGCGUAAUGAGUCAAUCCAUCAACUGGGAUAUGCUGGAGACGCAGUAUUACUCUGAUGGCCAAUAUAGGGAACGUCUUUCGAAAAUGGUUACCAUUAUAGACGAUGCCUUCACGGCUGGUCAAAAGUUUAUACAAAAUUUUAAUCAGUCUCUGCAUGAGCUCAAAGAGGAUAUUGAUGAUACCAGAAAGAUUCAGUCUCUGGAGCGUGAUACCGAUGGAAAUAAUAGCAAGACACAAAACCAUUCGUUAGACAACGCUGAUAGUUCUAUAUUUUUAUCAAAAUCACUUGAAAAUAGACAACUGGACUCUAACAAAAUAUCUUUGCCAUUGAAAGAAAUCCUCAGUGAAAACAUUUCUGGCAAUUCUGAAUUAGCUUUAUGCAAUUCAGACUCGGCAGAAGGAUCGGCAUUAACGAAACUAAUGAAAUUUAUUUUACCUAUGUCCGCACAAAAUAAAAAUAAAAAAAUUGAUAUUACAAAGACCAAUUGGUGGGAGAGAGAAGCUUUACAAUUCAUGCGAGGAAUGAUGGACGAGUGUACACAUUUAAAGAACUUUUCAAUACCAUUUGAUACCUCCUUAAUAAUAGCAGUUUGUGCAAGAGAUGAUGCAUACGUUCCGCGAGAUGGAUGUUCCAGCCUUGAAGACAUAUGGCCAGGAGCUGAAGUAAGGUAUUUAGAUGCUGGCCAUGUAAGCGCCUAUGUGUUGCACCAAAAAUUGUUCAGAUCGUGCAUUAUUGAGGCUUUUGAUAGAGCUAAAAAGAUCUGUGGAAAAGAGAGCUAUAAAGAUGUGUCAGCCGCUAUGAAAUAAACGUGGGAAAAAAAACAUAA